UUUGUAGGCCAUUCAGAGCGAUAUGUUGCUCGGCGUUAACGAUAUUAAAAAAGUAAAAGUUGGUACAAUAUCCAGCAGACGGAAUUGUAGUGUCAAUAUAGAACGAUUAUGAGGGAUUACAAGAGCUCACGUUGUUUGUCUGAGUGUAUUCAUUAGAAUUUUCACGCAUGGGAAAUGUAAGCCGGGCUUGUUUGUUGUGUGUUUCAAAAGUGUGGUGUUGAAAUAGAAGUGUAGAAAAAUGCCAACCCUAGUGAUAUCGAAAAAUAUAUCAAAAUGUGCUUCGGACAAUAUACCGUCGAUUUCCCUGUAUAUGACAGCCACCAAUAUCUAUGGAAUCUCACUAGUCUCGAUAGGAUCUCUAGCUGUGAUCGCAGUUCUGGUUAUAUUUUUGGACACUUUGAAAUACAUAAUGAAGAAUUCUUCGUCGAGAGUGAAAGCACAUUCCGCUUUCAUCACUGGAGUUUAUCCGGUGAUAGCCAUAGCCACAUUUUUCGUCAUAUUGGUUCCUAGAGCUCAUUUACUAGCUGAGGCCCUUACCCAAGGUAUGUUCAUGUUUGGUAUGUACCAAUUAUGGUGUUUAUUCGUCGCAUAUUGCGGUGGAGAAGCCGAAUUAGUUCAAAAAUUGAAGCCUGGAACACUAACCCUCAAAGUUGGACCAUGUUGUUGCUGGCCCUGCUGUAUCUGCUUACCCACCCUUAAUGUUGAGAAAAAAACAUUGCAUUAUUUGAGGAUAUUAGUACUUCAGCUUCCGAUAGUACAAGGUUUUGUAUAUAUGAUACUCCUAGUCAUGUGGGCCGAAAGAGAGAGCCUCUACCAAGUUAAUUACAUGUAUCUCCAACCGAUAAUCAUAGUUUCCAUAUUAUUGGGAAUUUGGGGAAUGCUGAUGACGAUCAACAUACUGAAAAACGUUCUAGAAGAUGAGUUCUUACUGACUCAGAAAUUUUUUGUCUUGCAACUGGUUUUGAUUUGUGCGAAAUUACAGGGUUUGAUAACUAGGGCUUUAGUGUGGACAGAUGUCCUUCCUUGCAAGCCACCUAUCACACCAUCAGUUUAUGGAAAUCUGAUACACAACACACUGAUGCUGGCUGAAAUGCUACUGUUAGCCUACUUUGCUAAUAAACUGUAUAAAAAAGAAUUGCCAGAGAGCAGACUGAAAGAUAUCAAAACAGUGGGUACCACAACAGAUUUCGAAAAAAAAGUGUGGAACACAAUGGUUGCAUCAACAGGACAAAUUAACAAAGGAGCAGACUUUAGUGAUGGAUGAAAAUCAUAAGAAAUUAUUGUAAAUAAAAAUACAGUAAAGAAUAUAAGAAAUGUAUUAGAAACUGGUCAAUAAAAAUGAGUUACAUUUUUAUCUAAAUA